AUGUCUUGCCUUCCUCAGAAAAAGGAGGAAAAACUGCGCCUACCUUCAACUUCAGUGAGUAUCCUAAAGAAACAGUAUGAAAGCAAACGGAUUCAUACAGAAAACAAUGCCGUGGCUAAACCAUCCGUGUUGUUCUCGCGAGACGUUUCAGUUGUUGAUCUUGUCAAGAUGGCAAGAGAAACAAUGUCUCAAGGCAGCAGCAAUAUCUCUCAGGAUUCUGAUGAUGCUGAUUAUGAGAUGUCCCAAAAUCUUGAUCUUGUGUUAAGUCUUCAAGCUGCUGCCCUGAAUUUCUCGAGACAGAAAUUCGAUCAGGCGAGAAAUCUGCUUAGGUUUUGUCAAUGUUAUGCUUCACACAAUGGCACUCCGCUUCAAAGAGUGGUCUACUACUUUACUGAAGCACUUCAAGAAGGCAUUGCAGCAGAGAAAGGGGAAAUGAGUUUCCAAGAGCCACAAAAAGGGAGUAAAACAAGUCCACCAAUUAUAGAAUCUUUUACAAAUCUGCUUUCUGCAAUGGUGGAAUAUGAUGAAACACUGCCUUUCUGUCCAGUCACUCAAUUUACAGCAAUUCAGGCCUUACUGGACAAUUUGGGAUCAGCCAGGAGAGUUCAUGUGGUAGAUUUUGGAAUCAGGAGUGGAACACAAUGGCCGAUCUUGAUGCAAGCGUUGCUAAACCGACAAGAAUGUCCGCUUGAGUAUCUCAAGAUAACUGCUGUAGGAACAUCAAUAGAGAUGAUGGAGAAGACAGGAAAAGAGCUGUCUUCUUUUGCUGAGAGCUUGAACAUGUCAUUUGUGUUCAAAAUGGUUGUAUCAGACCUGAAGAACCUGGAAAAGCAUUUCUUUGAGUUAGCGCCCAAUGAAACACUGGCUGUUUACUCUGAGUUGCGCCUGGCAACAUUGUUAGCAUGGCCUCAUCACCUGGUAUCCGUGUUGGAAACAAUCAAGAAGCUCAGACCAAAAGUGAUAGUGAUCACUGAAGUCGACUCCAGCACUAACGCGCCUGUUUUCCUGGAUCGCUUUAACGCAUCUCUUUCUCUUUCUGCUGCAAUGUUUGAUAGUCUGGAUGUGUGCAUGAAACAGAAAAGUGAGUCUAGGGCGAUUAUUGAAGGCGUGUUUCUGCGUCAAAGCAUCAGUUACCUUGUCACAUCCAAAGGCGACGAAAGCAUGCAUCGACAGGAAAGUGUUGGUUUCUGGAGAACUUUAUUUAGAAAAUUUAACAUUUUUGAGAUGGCUCUCAGCAACUGUGCUUUAUAUCAGGCAACCUUGAUGGUCAAAAGCGAUCCUCGUUGGAGUUCUUGCACUUUAGAGCGUAAUGGAAAAGGAUUGACAGUAGGGUGGAAGGGAACUCCAGUUUUUUCCCUAACUGUCUGGAAAUGUUGA